UCGGGAGAAAAACUUUACCGGAACGACUCGCGAUGGUUAUCAGGGCAACCAAACAGUUUGAAUCUCGGCCAGGACUGUGUGCGAUUGAUUAUCACAAACUCAACCAGCUAUUUCAAUGACCUUCCAUGUGGCGAAAGAUGGCGAUUUUUUUGCGAGGCACCUGCUCAGCCUCCGUGCACUUCAGUGGCAUGUCCUGACAGUAACUGCGAUCUAGAUCCAAUAAAAUACGUCCAAUCUCUGGCUUGGAAAGACACCUCUGAUGGAAUAUUUAGAAGCGCCUGUGGCAGGCAAUACUACUUACAUAAAAUUGCGACAACUUUCCAAUCAGCUAUGCAACUGUGUUGUGAAAUGGGUUUGCAACUUUUUUCAAUUGAAUCAUUGGACGAAUACAAUUGUUUCACCAAAGAUGUUUUCAAUCUGGAUACGAAUUCCACAAUCAUCAGAACGUCAGGAACUUCAGACGGUAUUGGCUGCCAAAAAACAUGGGGUUGGUGUCCCUCUGGACAGAUUUUCGCAAAUGGAAUUCCCUGGAGUCCAGGGGAACCUGGAAACCCAGGAGUGGAAAAUUGCGCCUGCGUUCAAAUGGGGGGCGCCGCUUUGGGUGCUCCUGUUUUGCAUGACUGCGGAUGCCAUACAAACCAUUGGUUUAUAUGCGAGGGAUCCGUUCCAGAAUGCAAGCCAAUGUGUCCCAUUAAAACGUGCACAAAAAAUGUAAAGCUGGAUUAA